UCGACCUCCCUGCUGAAAAAAGUAAACAAUAGAAACCAUCACAGAACUUCUAAUGGUUUCCACUACAAAUACUAUUACAAACCAUAAGCUAACCAUUAAUACCAUUACCAUUAUUGGUCCUUAAUGGUAUCUACUAGACAUAACAUGCCAAUAAUAAAAGGCAACAGAUUACCAGUAGAGACCCACAGGCACCAUUACAGUUUCCAUUAAAACCAAUACAAUUCCCAUUAUAACCAUUAAAUCCGUUAAAAAUCUGUGAGGGUUUCUAUUGUUUGUUUUUCAGCAAGGCUGUGUUUUGGCAGCUGAUCAGACUUUGGGUUAGAAAAAAAAUUGGAUUUAUUUAUGGAUUAUUUGUAUGCUCCAUGGUAGUAAAAAAAACUAAUGCUUUUGUGUCUGUACAUUUUAUGGUAUGGAGGUUUUAUACUGUGUGGUGUGGCGGCACAGUGUGGAGGUACUUUCUUUUCAGAAUGUGAGACUAUUUAAGGCUGCAGUACUGAAGUUUUAAAUCUCUAUCGCCAUCUAUGUUUGAAACAUAAAAUUGCAAGUUACUUGUGGAAUCUUUAUUUAUUUAUUUUUUACGUGCGCUGUGCUUCGGCACUGCUCCUCUGCAUCUGAUGGUUAUAGGUGUUCUUAUCAGAGAUGCCUAUUCCGUUUAUAAUACCCGACUUUGAGAUUCUUUGAGAUUUUUCUAAAAUUGCUUCAAAAAAAUGCAACCCGGACGCGGGUUGCUCAAUAAUUAUAUUUGUUAAUUUUUAACCAAACAAAUUUCCGUACAUCAGCUUUAAUAUGAGAAUGAAUACUGACCGUAGGUCUAAUAGGUUCUUAUCAUGACUGAGAGCUAGAAGAGUUUCCUCUUUCCACCAGGUGGCGGCAGUAGUAUUGUGAGUCAUACGGAACAAAUCCGCCAUUACAUCGAAGAAGAAAAUGUUGUUGCGUAUUGUCAAUGUGUUUGUUGUAGAGAAGGUGUCGCUAAUAAGAUAAACAAAAAUCUUUUUUUUUGUUUUUAUUUAUAGUUUUGUUUUUUUAAAAAAAUUGUGGAUUCGGUCGUUUUGAUUGUAUGUAUGGGAUUUAACCAAGGAAAUGACUACAGCUUUGUAUUGUGAAGCGUACAGUGAGUAAGCCAGCUAACCUCGUUAGCGAGGUAAUAGCUAGUUUGCUACCAAGGCUUUAUAUUAAAAGAAUUCCUUAUAAUUGAACUAUAAGGUUACUGGGAGAUAGUCAAAAACUUUAUUCCAGUUUACAGACAGUUUUUAAAGGUUUCUGCUUCAUUGUUGCACUUGAAAUGUGAUCAGUCCCUAUCUGUGUAAACUAACAGGUCAUGGGGCAUAUUGUUAAGCAGUAGUCUAAUAUUGAGCCUGUUUGUUAUAGUGUACUUUAGUAUGCAGUCCUGAUACCUGGUCACAUUUAUCCAGAAUGAAUCCAAAUAAUAUCUUUGGUAGUCAGCAAGGUGCUUUUCAGACACCUAAUAAUGUCAGUCAGAGUAGUGGCCUGUUCCAGUCACUUUGUCAGCAAGGUACAAGGGGGACGACACCUAACAUUGGCUUUGGGCAGAGGUCUCCCUUUGGCCAGCCUUCAGCUUUUAGCCAGCCAUCGGUUUUUGGUCCGGGGUCUGCACAAACAUCUGUUUUUGGCCAAACAUCAUCAUUUGGUCAGUCACCCUCUUUUGGUCAAGGUGGUGGAUUAGGACAGCCCUCCUCUUUCUCCUCCACUUCUCAAGCACCAGCUUUUGGACAACCAACUUUGGGUCAGGCAACACUUGGAUUUGGAGCACCUCCUCCUCCACCUUCUACAGGACAGAGUCAGACUCCUGCGUUUGGUCAGGUGCAAGCAUUUGGUCAGACAUCUGGAUUUAGCAUUUCCUCCAGUAACUCACAGCUGCCGAGUAAUUCCAUGAACACUGGAGGAUUUCAGCCCAAUUUUGGUCAGCCAUCAGUUUUUGUUACUACAAGUUUUGCUGUUAGUGGCCAGAGCAAUACACAGACUAGUGCCUUUGGGACAAAUUUUAACUUCAAGCCUCCAAAUGAAACGGUCUUCAAACCUAUUUUCAGUGUGAGUCCAGUACCUCCCAGUGUCCAACAUCUUCCAGCUCCUGAGCCUUUUGUUUCAUCUAAGCCAGUUACAGGUGGUUCGGAUAGCAGUGGUCCGGGUAGCUCUGGUGGCUCGCUUUUCACAAGUGUAAAACCAAACACUCUAGGUUUCAGUUUCUCCCAGCCUGGUGCAGUCCCUUCUGCAUCAGUUACAAGUGCUAGCAUGUCUCAGCCUGCAGGUGGAAUGAUUGGUGGAAACACUCUCCAAUUCACGUUCUCUCAACCUGCCAAUCCCUCCAGCAGCAGCAGCAUCACCGCCGCUUCUCAACCCACCAGCAUUUCCAGCAGUUCUUCUGCAUUUAGCUUCCCUGCAAAAGUUAUUCAGCCCCAGACAGCUUUUGGGCAACCUUCAAUUGCAUUUAGUGGUUCAAAACCUGAAGAUGGCCCAGAAGUGAGAAAUGAGGAGAGCCCAGGAGAGGGAGCUUUUGGAAGUCUUGGGAAGGGAAUGAAACGGAAAGAAGAGCCCACUGACCCAAAUGCUAGUCAAGGAAAAAGUUCCAAAGUUGAGGAAGCACAAGGUGAAUCUGUUGGCCCUAGAAAUCCAUCUAAGCGACCCCUUAUUAGGAGUCGAGGAGCUACAGGCGGACUGUUUAUAAAUGCUUUAAGUGGUCUGAUGAAGGUGUCAGUCAACACCGCUAAGAAAGACGAGCGAACCAUUGACAGGGCUCCUGGGGAGAGACCAGACCCUCCAGUUCCAGAUGUGGAUGCUCCACUUAUCCCAACUAGACCUCAGGCUCCUAUAAGACACGUUCUUGAAAAAGGAGAGAAACCUGUUUCUGAGCCUCAAGUAGAGAAACUUAUCCCAUCUCGAAGAGCUGAACGUAGGGAGAGCACUGACAGCCUGGCUGGUCUUUCUCCUGAAUUCAGUGUCCUACAGUGCAAGGGUAUCCCACCCAACCUCAACCGGAAAGACCCAGUCAAAAAACAUUUUGAACGCUUUGGGAAAGUGCACAGAGUGUACUGCAGACCUGAAAAGAAUCUUGCUAUUGUACAUUUCCAUGAUAGUGCGUCUGCAUCAGUGGCAAAAAAGAAGGGGAAACAUUUCCAGGGGACUGAAAUACAUCUAUUUUUACAAAGAAAGAAACAAAGCCCAGGAACAAAAAGAGAGAGACCUUCAGAAGUCAAGGAUGCAGAUAGUGCAGAAGGAGAGUCAAGACCAGAGGGCUCUCAACUCACCCCACUGCGAAAACCACUGCCCAGAUCUCCUGCUAUCAGCACCUCACUUGUUAAAGAAUCUCCUGCCAAGAAGUCCUCUGUAGCCAAAACUCUCCAGUUUGACAGUGACCCCCAACAGGAUGUGAGCUCUGAGGGUCAGAGUGUGGAUCGACCAGUGAUCGUCAUGCCAUCAUCCCUUCAGCCUCUGAUUGGUCAGAUAGGUGAAACAGCAGAGGAAAAGUACCGCCUUCUCGAGCAGAGAGACAAGAUUCUUCGCCAACUGAGACCAAAGAGAACUGACUUGGACAUGUCCAAAGUGUUUGUGGGCACGUGUCCGGAUAUGUGCCCAGAGAAGGAGCGCUACAUGAGAGAAACUCGCAACCAACUGAGCGUUUUCGAGCUUGUUCCGGAUACAGAGAAGGUGGACCACUGUGCUGCGAUUAAAGAAUACAGCAGGUCUUCGGCUGACCAGGAGGAGCCUCUCCCUCAUGAGCUACGGCCUCUGCCAAUUCUGAGCAUGACAAUGGACUAUUUAGUCACUCAGAUAAUGGACCAGGGUGAGGGUAACUACAGAGACUGGUACGACUUUGUUUGGAACAGAACCAGAGGAAUUCGCAAGGAUAUUACACAGCAGCACCUCUGUGACCCGGUGACUGUGUCUCUAAUAGAGAAAUGCACUCGCUUCCACAUCCACUGUGCCCACCAUCUGUGUCAGGAGCCUAUGAUGUCCUUCGAUGCCAAGAUUAAUAAUGAGAACAUGACCAAGUGCCUCCAGAGCCUGAAAGAGAUGUAUCAGGACCUGGCCACCAAGGAUGUGUACUGCCCCAAAGAGGCAGAGUUCCGGCAGUACAGCGUUCUGCUCAAACUCAACGAUGGUGAUAUUCUUCGCGAGGUUCAACAAUUUCGCAAAGAAGUCCGGGACUCUGUGGAGGUGAAGUUUGCGGUCCAAGCUUUUGCAGCCCUUAACAGCAACAACUUUGUCCGAUUCUUCAAACUAGUGAAAGCAGCAUCUUACCUAUCUGGCUGCAUUCUCCACAGAUACUUUAACCAAGUGAGGUGUUCUGCACUGAAAGCCUUGAAUGUAGCCUACACUGGGGGCUCUCAGAGGUCCACCUGUUUCCCUGUGGAGGACUUGGUCCGAAUGCUUAUGUUUCGCAAUGCUUCUGAAGCCACUGACUUUCUGCAGCUUUAUGGGCUUAACGUUGCUGAUGGCAUGGUUGAGCUGAGCCGUACUGCGUACCAAGAGCCAGAGCUACCCAUUCCUCCGAAGAGAUCAGUUGCCAUUGAGAAGAAGAAGAUGGUGCUGAUUGGGGAGGUUAUUAACGGAGGCCCACUGCCCAACCCACCACAGCACACACCAAUCUGCAGCUUUGACUCAAACAAUAAAUACAGGGGAGAUUUAGCUUCCUUGGAGUCAUUGCCAGCUGCCACAAAAGUGAAACCCCCGGUUGAACUGGACCCAAGGCCUCAGCUUAAACCCAAAUUGCUGGCCGAGCAAAGGCGGUUUAUGGAGCCCCCUGCAGCAUUGGAGCUGCCCCAACUUGAAGACACACAGGAGACUGGAGAGUCCUUACAACAUAUUGUACCAGUCCUCCCAAUAAACCCCCAACUCAUGUUCCAGCCCAUUGCUCAGCCCCUUGCUCAGCCCCAGCCUGUCAGACCUCCAUCUCCAAAGAGAGAACCAGUAUACUCAGACCAGGAUUUAAUGGCUGACGUGGUGUCUAUGGUGGAGGAGAUUCUGACAGAUGAAGUCCUAAAUGUUGCUAAAGCUGGGGCUCAGUACGUCUCUGCAGCUCUGAGUGUAAGUGAAAGUGAGGUGCAGACAGUGGUCAGUGAGGUUGUGACACAGAUGCUCAGAGAAGUGUCUACAUCAGAGAUCGCUGCUGAGAAGGAGCGAAUCGCUGAGGAGAAACGCAAGGUGGAGGAAGACAGGCGCAGAAAGGAACGAGAGGCCUUCUUGGACAAGCUGAGCUCAGAGCUGUGUGCUGAAAUCAGUGAGGAGGUCCUUACCCAGUGCACCAGGGAAAUGGCUGAUAUGGAAAUAAAACUUGCGUUGGAAGAGAAGGCCGCACAUGUGGCAAAAUGCACAGAGGAGGUGUGUAACAGCUUGAUGGAGGAGACAUUGGAUAUGGAGAUUGCCUGCCUGGUCAGAGAGGUAUUGGGUGCCCAAUUAUGGCAGAUACACAAGUUUAUUAAGAGGUGGCGUGAUGUGGUAGCAGUACGUAGACAGUUGAAGAGGCAGAUGCGUGGAUUCCCUGCAGCCCCAUGCUGUGUUGAUCCUCGUUUCAAGCUGAAAGCUUUGGUCCCAAGUGCUCCGUCCUGCCCAUCUAUGGACACACUUGCUCGAGGCCUCAUCAGCCUGGGCAAUGCAGGGAAUAUGGUUGUGUCCUGCACAAGGUUACAAAAAACAAGGAAUGACAUCAUCCACCAGAUGCGAGUAGACUACUAUUACAGUAUGUUAUUAAGUGAGCGUGUGUGGUCUCCUCUUGACCUGCCCACUCUGGUGGCUGAAAGCACCCCUAAUCCUCCUGAUAGAAUCUUCUGGAAAGCCACUCUUCUGCUCCCCAGUGACCAGGACAGUGAUAUGAGCAGCACACUGACCAAGUGGCUGGAAGUUAAGCUGGGUGGUGGAGAGAAGAUGGAGGAGAGCAUAGAAGAGUCAGAAGGGAAACUCAGAACUCUGGUCAUCAGUAACAGCUUGAGAGAUAUUGGACAAAAGACCCACAAAGUUCACCUCUGCAUAAAGGUGAGCCAUGGGCCUCUGAGUGAGGAUGGGCAGAACCAGUUGGAGGAACAGAAUGAGCUCCUAGGUACCAGCUCCCUACUGAUGCUCCUGCCCCCUCUGCUCUGCACUGGGCUGGAUGAUGAGGACGUACCACUGCUGUCCGCCCUCCUCCAGCUGAAGCAGGUUCAGCAGGCCAGUGGCUGGCACACUGCACUUCCUCUGGCACUGCUCAUACCUGACCAACUUGAAGGAGCAGUUAAUGACCAGAAGUUAGAAGAAGUCCUUAAGUUGAAGGCAUUAGUUCAGGAUGGGCUUAUUUCAGAAUAUGUUUUUAUCCAUCUCUCGGGGAGUGUCAUGGAUGUGCAAGGAUCGAAACAGAUUGGUGAAGCUGUGCGUUGGCUGAUUGCCCACUCUCCAGCCUCUACAGUUCUCUCCUCUCAGCCUCUGCUGCAGUUUGUAGAAGGAGGGCUGUGUCGCGAGUUUCACAGCAGGUUCCUUCAUGACAAGCAGGAGAGGGCACGAGCAGCUCUGCCAUGCCAGGAGCCGGAGGUAGUCAUCCAUCUCUAUAACAGUGUGCUGGCCUAUCUGGCAGAUGUGGUCAGCUCUGAGAGGCUCGUUGGAAUCUCCUGGCCCCCGCCCGAAUUCUCUUUGCCUGAGAACAGAAAGCUUGUACCACAUCUGCAGUGGAAUUCCCCACAGCACCUGGCCUGGUUGAAAAGAGCCAUCCACAAUCUGAAGAUCCCUGAUUGGGAACGGCCUCACCAAAACACUCCGUGGCCCCAUUUGUGUAGAUCCAUAUUUGAGUAUGUGUCCCAGAUCCCCAGCUCUGCCCAAAGCCAGCCCCUCCUCAUGUCACAUCUGGAGCACCUGCUAGCAAGAGUACGUGCUCAACACCUCUGGCGAGACUGUGAUGAUGAAGCGUGUGAUAGGCCUUCCUUUAAUCACAUACCCUGGGAUGACAUUUUGAUCCUCUGCAUAGAGCAUCGACUGAAAGACUGGCCCUUAGUAGAGAGUCCGGUAGCAGCAGAUGCCUUCACUGACAAUGGAGAGAUUUUGGUGUACUAUUACAAAGAGCAGAUUAAAGAUUUUCUUCCUCCAGAGAGUUGGGUAGCAGCAGUGAAAUGCACUCACACAGAGAAACAGCAGAACACAGUAAUGUCAAAUCCGAGCUCCACAGUCACUCUGACCCCAGCAGCACGGUUUCCCAGACAGAGACUGUUCCAGAGUCAGAUAGAGACUGGGGAGAAGCCCUCUGUAUUAGACAUCUCACACACUCCUUCACCUCAGGAGCUGCUGCCUCAACGACUGCUCUCCAGCAUUCAGCAGGAGAAGGCUCAAAGUCAGAGGUUUGAAGAACAGCUGCAGCGUUGGUUAGUGUUUGAUCCUCUGGACUCGGUCCCCAUACCUCUGUUUGUGCCUUCCACACUGCUAUCCAUGCCUGAAAUUCUUGUUCCCAAACAGCACCCCAGUGUAUCUGCUGCCUGCAUCACACAGGAUCCUGAAACAGAAGACCCUGUCGAGGUGCCUUCCACUUACAGAAAAAAAGGACCCAUAUCUCUAACACAACAGCUGAAAGAGCUUGAUAGACUGGUAUUAGCGAAUCAAGAGGAGGACCUGGCAUGCAGUUUCAAGCUAAACAGCCUACUGGAGAUUAUAGAAGACUGAACAAUGCUCUCCUGCUACUUUUAUAACCAUGUGUCUGCUUAAUUGGUUGAUAUUUGUUAUGCAAUAUAUUGAUAAUGUAUUGUGAACUUAAGGUUCUCUCUGGGGUGAAAAUGAAUGGGGAAUUCUUAUAAUACUGUAAAACCUUAUAAAACUAUGUUCAUGAUAUAUUUGGUAAAUGACUUGAAAGUAUUAGAUUUUUUUUGUUGUGGUUUUUUUC